GGCUCUCGGCCCGCGCGUAUCCGACGAAAAUCAUUCCUUCGCCGUUCGAUCGCCCGCGAACAGCGACACCGUGUAAAUAUUGUCUGACGGUUAUAAUAAUAUAUCAUAACUACUAUAUACGUGCCAAUAACAUAUUGUUGUUAUCCCGUCAUGGAUGUGUCUAUUGGGACCGACGACGGUCUAACACCUCGGCGUAAUCGUUCGUGUAAUUAAAUACAAUAAUAAUAGAUCUUAUUGUGCGAUGGGAGUUCGAUUUUUUAGAUUUUGAAGAAUUUGUUUUUUAAUGGUGUUUGAUGUCCGCUUGUCGUUCACGCAAAAAAGCCCAUCAUAUACGAUUUUACUGAAUAGACACAAGUGUUGAGACUGCGGUGCAGCCGGCGGAAACGCGUGGUGUGUACCUAACAUGAUAAAUGGAGAACGGAUCUCAUUCUACUUUCAAACUAAACAUAAUCUCCCAAUCAAAAAAUCAAAACAGUCGAAGACCAUUGACUCUGUUUUCUUUCAUUACGGCCACAGCCAGAGAUGGUUCCCAAGUUACGGAAAAACGUCUACAAGACGUUUCCGAAGUAUUAAAAGACAAUUUGACUAAAGGGACUGCUUUGAAAUGCAAGGAAAAAAAUGUUGUUUAUCCCAUCAUUCAUUUUACCGAGGAUCGAAAUACGUUGAUGUCAGUGUUACAAGAUCAGAACGAAGUAAAUGAACAUUUCAAAUUACAUCAAGGCGUUUAUCGAGAAAUCAAAAGUAUCGAGUGCGAGGAUGGAAACGGACCGUUCGUAACGACUUCAAACAGCAUCUCUUACAUAGUAUCUGGAUUCAAACUUCUGGACACCAGUCUAGUGGAGGUAAUGAUUGAAUCGUGGAAGGAUUGGACAGGCGCUAGACAUAUAUAUCUCCACAUUCCGUACGAUCUGGGUCUCCAGAGGAUUUCGCUUUUAAAAAAAGUGGCUCCUAGUUCUUUGAACUCUUUUACAUACGUCGUACUCGCUGAAUGUCUGAAUGUGAACACAGAAGAAAAAAAGAUGUUACUUUUGGAUUUUGUUCAAAGGAUGAGAAUAGAAAAAUUUCUCUCCGGUUACCUAUCCGUUUACGAGCUUCAUAAAACUUAAUCAACGUCAAUACUAUAACAUUACUGCGCAAAUAUACGAAACGCUUAUAUAAAACUCGAAUGACCAUGACGUGUAACUUAUUAGUGUUAAUUAUUGUUUAAACUUAAGUUAAUGUUAUUUUUUAUGUUUUUUGAAAUGUUUGUUGAUUCUUAAUACAUUUUUUUUUUACAAUUAGUAGUUUAAUUAUUAAUUUUAUUUACUCGUAACAAUGAUUACCAAACAAAUAAACUGUUUUAUUUUAGAAA